AUGCGCAAUCGUAUUUUAAGUAAGGAUGACGAUAAUGUUAAGGAAUAUUUCUCACCAUAAAAAAGAAAACAAGAUAACAAUGUACAAAUUUGGCAAGGGUAUAUGUCAAUAGCUCUGAAUAGCACAGAGGCAGGAGUCAGACAAUUUUUAUCAUAGAUGAGGAGGAAUGGUAGCUUCUAAUAAAUAGAUAAAAAAUAAAAACCUGUAAUUACUGAAUAGGAAUAAUAAUUGGAGACUCCAAAUCAUAGUAUUGUAAAAUCACUUGACCCUCAAUUUCCUCCUUUCAUAAGAAAAAGCAAGGAUAUCACAAGUUAUGAAUUUCUAUCUUAAAUAUACGAGUUGCAUAAUAGAAAGGCAAGAAAUCAGUCCUUAAUUGAACAGCUUAUUGGAAAAACUAAUAAUGAAAUUAUUGUGUUUCCUAAAACUAUACAUAGAAAGAAUAUAUAAAAAAGAUCGUAACGUUGUCAAUCAGUUGCCUAAAAAGACAAUGAAUUGGACAGUAUAAAGGGACAAUUAAUCCAAGUAAAAUAAGUUUAAGUCUAACCACUGCCAAAGGAGACUACUCCAAAACCGUUGAAGAGAUUAAUACCAAUAGUCAAAUUAGAACGGACUACUUCCCCUAUUAAAAAGGCUUUAGCUCCAUAAUCUUAGACAAAAAAAAAAGUGUUAAUAGAUGAUACUAGAUAUUGGGAUAUUGGUUAUCUAAAAUUUAUACAAUGCCCUAGUGUAUUGGAAAUUAAUCAAAUUAUAAAUUUUACAAAUGCAAUUUAAGUUUUACCAGCAUAACAUUAAAAAUAUUAUAAACUUUUUGUCGGUCGAGGCAAUAAUCAUAUGAUGGUCAAAAGUAUAUUCAGUAUGAGAGCAUAGUGGACUGUAGGUGGUAAUUUAGAAGAAGAUGAUUUUAAUUUUAUUUGGACUCAAAAAUUUGUUGACUUUCCCUAAUCUGAGAUUAGGCCAAUUUAAAGAUCAAUUUCUAAUGAAACUCUUGAAGGAUGGGUUGAUUCUAAUGAUUAAACUUUAAUUAGAUAAGCUUGGGAUCGUGUGGAAGGAAAGUCUAAGAAGAAAUUAGCAGAUUACAAUCUUGAAAGCCAAGCAAUACUCAAUAAUUUAGGUAAUGUUAAGGAGCUACUAACAAUUAAUCAUUAAAAUUAAUCUAUCAGGAUUCAUAAUCACCUUAAGGAAGGAAAUUAAUUAGGAGAUAAGAAAUUUUUGUUUCUGAAUUUAAGCAAACAUUGUAAAGAAAACUAAAUAGAUUUGUGGACCCUAAUUCCUUUGACUUAUCAUAUAUAAGGUCCGAAUGAUGAAUCCUUUCAUGUUUUCAAGAAAAAAUUUGAAGAGUUCUCUAUUGAUUCUGCAUUUAAAAAUAUAUGGAUUAUCAAACCUGGAGAAGAUAGCAAUCGAGGUUAAGGCAUUAAAGUAUGUAAUAAUUUGAAUGAAAUCUAUCAACACAUUUCCUAAUAAAAUCAUACAUUCAUUCUAUAAAAAUAUAUUGAGAAUCCAUUUCUAUAUUAAAAGAGGAAAUUUGAUAUAAGAGGGUACUGUCUCAUUACAAUAUUAAAUGGUGCUAAAAAAGUAUUUUGGUAUAAAAAGGGAUACCUCCGUACGUCAAGUAGUUUAUUUAGUUUAGAUUCGCUGGAUAAUCAGAAAAUUCAUCUUACGAAUGAUGCAAUUCAAAAUAAAAUGAAUGGAUAUGGCAAAUUUGAAAAAGGCAACAAGGUCUCGUAUGAACAAUUCUAGAACUACUUACUCGAAUAGAAUAAAUAAAACAAUACAAAUUACAGUUUCGAAGAGCUUUAUAAAAACAUGAAAUAAUUAACCAAAAUAGCAUGUGCUUCGAGUAUUAAUUAAAUAAAUAAUACUGAUCAAGUGAUUGGGUUUGAAUUAUAUGGUUUAGAUUUCAUGAUUACAAAUGAAUUUAAACCAAUCCUCAUUGAAUUUAAUACAAAUCCAUGUAUCGAAACAGGCUGUCCAGUAUUAGCUAAAAUAAUUUCAGGCUUAUUAGACAAUUUGUUUAGGUUCAUUAUUGAUCCACUCUUUCCUGCUAAAAAAACAAAUCUUGAUGAUUUUAACAGUAAAAAUGAUUUUGAAUUAUUAUUAUAAUCAUAAUUAUGA